CCAGUGGCAAUGUCACAACGGGAUUAUUCUCAUUCUCGACAUUGAAGAUGUGUGUUCGGAUCGUUUCCCUUUCCCUUUCAACGAGCAAUUAAUUUUAGCAUGUGACUGCAUGCUAUAAUUAAGCCAACCAGCAAGCCAGCAACCAGAGUAACCUCCCGUUCGAUAGUAUACUAUUUUCAGCUCUUCAAACACACUGUUCCAUGAAUAGGAGAAAAAAAUCAGAAAAAGGAUAGCACAAUAAAAUCGAACAAUGUCUUUUUACUCAUAUCUAAUGACCUUGGGAUGUACAUGUGUGACCGUUACGGAAUUAAAGCUGAAGUAAAAAUAGUAAUAAAUCGCCAAGAGAAGGAACCAAAAAGCUUAAAAUGUAUCUGCUAGUAUGUUUAGUAUAAUGUAAUUACACAAGCAUAGUUCCUCUUGCACUAAUCCUCUCUGUCAAACUCUCUAAUGAAGCUUUAAUUGCAUUAUUUAAACUCCAAUGGCACGGCUUAACUUAAGCUGUGAACUUACCAAAAUAACAGCAGCGGUAUUUUAUUCGUUUCACUUUAUAAUUCUUCCUCACAGCCGGUUGGCUCUAUUCUCAUCACAUGCUGAGUAGAGAUGAGAAUACAACACUCUUUUCUGGCGAUCUUCAACGCAUAAAGGUUCAUCAAAAAAUUAGACUACAAAACCCCUUUACUACUACAGUAGGUGACAGCUAACUGAGAGGUUAAAUUUGUGAGAAAAAUGCACAUUUGCUAUGAAUUUCUCUUCGUAAGAUUCCGGAUGGUUCAUGUUUUGACAUGUAUGUGUUUUUUAAUGGAGAAUCACUCCAGUAAGCAAACUUCCAGUACAAAAACCACUUCGGUAAAACACAUCCCUUACCUCAAAGAGGGUUUCGUCAGAUUUAGACAGUGUCCAUGUCUUAGAGGCGUAUGUGAGUACCGGUACUAUAUAGGUACUAUACAGUUCCAGCUUCGUCCGUCGCGACAGGUUCUUUGAGGUGAACUGAUUUAGCAAGCUGUAGAAUGACCGGUUGGCAGUCAGCAUCCUUGGGCGAAACUCAGCUGUCAGCAACGAUAAUAGGUUGCUGACCUUUGACCCCAGAUAGGUGAAUUGCGGGACGACUUCAAAAGUGCGUUCACCUAUCUGUACGUCACGCCUACGUAGGUGUUGAUUAUUUAUUGACUGAUGUUGCCACAAUCAGUUUGGUCUUUGCCUCGUUUAUCUGCAAUCCGAGGUUCUCUGCCGCCUGCUUGGUAAGCUUCUGCUACACAGGAGAGCCGCAGACCAAUGUUGUUGAUAUCAUCCGCGUAUGCCAGUAUCUGAGUUGACUUACAGAAGAUGGAUCCCGUAGUCUCCACCCUCUAGCGCCAAAUUAAAUAGGAGACAGGCAAGCCCGUCCCCCUGGCGCAGACCCUUGGUGGUAGCAAAAGGUCCUGAGAGUUUUCCAUCCACCCUCACCUGGCAAAUGACGUUGUUCAUAGUCAUUCUAACAAGCCUUAUCAGUUAGGCCGGGAUUCCAAAAGAGCUCAUAGCGUCAUACAGUUUUACCCUGACUAUGCUAUAAUAUGCGGCUUUGAAGUCAGUUGCAGAGAUGGUAUGUGUCGUGUCUGUAUUCAGCCAGCUACUCCAAGAUCUGCCGCAUGGUGAAGAUCUGAUCAGUGGUUGAUUUUCCGUUUCGGAAUCCUAUAUGAUAGUUUCCGACUAUCUCUUCGACGUGAGGUACAAGACGAUCCUGAAGGAUCAGGAAGAAUAUUUUAUAGGCGGUAUUCAACACCGUAAUACCCCUGUAGUUGUUACAGUCCAACCUGUCUCCCUUCUUGUAUAUGGGGUGGAUGAUGCCGAGAUUCCAAUCACAAGGUAUUGAUUCGCUAUCCCACACCUCAGUAUCAAUUUGAUGAAUCUCGUUUUCUAGUCGUGCACCUCCAUUCUUGACCAGUUCAGCUGCAAUUCCGUCGGUUCCGGGUGCCUUGUUAUUUUUCAGCCGAUGGAUAGCUUUUUGUGUUUCUUCUAUGCUGAUUUUAUUCUAUUCUAUGUACAGACAGUUAUAUACGAGGAUUUUAAAUGAAUUCAGCUACCUUCUUAAAGCGCGAGUAAUUUGAAAAUGUUUAGAAUAAGAAAAUGUGAAAUCAACUAGGCUUCAUUCAUCUUUGGCUCAACAACCGAUGUCGGUCAAGGCCUGCCUGUACCCACUUGUGGGAUUGGCUUUCAGUGACUAAUUGAUUCCCCCCCAUAGCAGGAUAGUCAGUCCUACGUAUGGCGGCGCGGUCUAUUUGGGGAUUGAACCCAUGACGGGCAUGUUGUUAAGUCGUACGAGUUGACGACUGUACUACGAGAUCGGCAAAUCAACUAGGCACGAAAAGUGAUUGUCUCAAUUCAAUGCAUUUAUUUACUUUUAACACUAAAUAAACCAUUAAUACAGUGAAGUAUCUUCCCAAAAUAUGUCCCAUUCCUGUAUAGCGUUGAAUUCCAGUGUCAUAACCUCCAUUAGAAUCCUCCAUUAGAAUGCAUCCUCACAAUACCUCACACCACAUUGCACUAUUUGUCGCUCUAUACCCACUACCCCCUGUUUGUGUGCAUACCUCCCAUACCUGACGCUGCGUAAUUUAUCGCUAAUGUGAGCGCACCUAGCGCGAUGCAAUUCAAUGCACUUUCCCGAACCCACCUAUGGAAUGGUAUGCUGAACAACAUCGCGUGGAAGGACACACCAGUCCCCACAACCCCUUCCGAAAAGACGCAUUAGAAGCACCACUUCUAGUGCACAUUAAUCAUAAUGCAGCGGGGAAAGGAAAUGGAGUGUUGCAGUUUUCACAUUUUUUGCGUGGUCUAACCUAAGAGUACGUGAGUCGCUUCUUCGCCCCAUCACCAAAAGCAAGAACGCAACAGCAAUGGGUUACAAUUGCUCUCUUUUUUUUUGGUUGUUGUUUUUGUUUGGCGUAGCGAAGGGUUUUGCGAACCGCGUUCCCUCCUCUCUGGCGCAUCGCGAGCGCACGUGUUCUAUCAGUUUUGAGUUUGAUUAUUUAUGGGUAUAAUUACAGUCCCCACCUCCCAUCGCCCCCGAAAUGGCAGUGCGAGGGUAGAGCAGUAGAGCAGGUAAUAUAGCAGUUACCACAAUAAAGAAGCGCUUCUCCCCCUUCUAAUACGUGCCCAAGAAUGCAUUAAAUCAUCCGGCAUGAUAGUUCACCCGUAAUGUCGUGUGUACACCGAUUCUGAACCCAAAAAAGCGGGGGGGGGGAGGGAAGAAGCCACUUAUACUGUUGGAAAAACCCAUUUACCAGCACUGUCGUGACGUAGUUUAAGCUAAAUAGUGUGUGUGUGUGUGUGCGUGUGUUUUUAUUCAUUUUUCAAAAAUCGCAUAAACCAAAUCUUCCCACACACACAUUCCCUUUGAACCGAAAUCCUGGCCCUCAUCAACCCUUUCCUUCCUUUCCUUCACGAUGUAUGUGUGUGUGUGUGUGCUGUGAUUUGUGAAUCGCAAGUGUGUCACGAGCCACAUAAAUCAUCCCACGUCAGGCCGAGCGAGCGAGCAACUGCACACGAAGAUCCGGUUACGGGUCCGGAGGGAAGUUGGCAAACGCCGGCGGGACAGCAACAACAGCAAAAAAAGAAAGAACGGUAGUAGAUUUUUCAUUUCCCAAGCGCUAAUGAAAACGGUAAAUAUAUAUAUUUACAUCGAACGUGUCCCUCUUCCCGUUCUUGCUAUUGCUGGGUUCAUUUUUCACCUCAUCAACGGGGUGAAAAGUGUGCAAAAAAAAACAAGGCGCGUGCGAACGAUCCACCCAAUCAGCUGCUGGGGCGGCCCAGGGGUAAUAACAUUGCCCAAUUCAUUCGAAGACAACCGCGAACAUGAAAAAUCAAACCACAUGUCCACCGGCGUGUGCGUGGCCAGGCAAAGAUGAGAAGAGCGAUUUAUUGCGGCGUGCUAUUUAUUGGAAUUCGAUUUCCGUCUCCUGUUCGCUGCGUGCCUGAACACAUAUCACCUGUUUCACCUACUAAACCUCCCUCCCCCCUUCAUCAUGUUUAUGGCUCCCUGGAUGCAAGAAAUUGAUACAGUACAGUACGUGCCGGGGGGAGGGUGUUAUCGGGCCCACGGGACGACUCUGACGCACUUGAUGCGCAUUUAAAUAUAGCUCACAUGCGCUAUCAAAUCGCUCACAUAUUAACAUUUACGCAUGGCACGAAGUCGCAGAGAUAAAGCAUUGAGCGUCUUCCGUUGUCGGGGUUUAGGAUUUAUGGAAGGUAGAAUUAAUACUAGCGCUUCUCCACCAAGCUCCAAUGUCUAAAAAGUCACCGUUUAACGUCAUUUACUUUCGAAUCGAUGCGCACCAACGGUUUUUUCGAAAAAAUGCCUUCAAUAUCGUCCCUACUCCAUCGCCAUGGCAACGGAAGCAGCCAAACAAAGCAAAGUUUGUGCCCGUGGCACCUGUCACGCAGAGCAUUAGAGACAUACAAAAGUUUGCCAGUGCGUACACACUACCUUUUCAUAGUAAUGUCACUGUUUAAGGUAAGAAAUUGGUGGAAAACGCAAUGCCCAACGAUCGAGCCGGCGUACGACUCGUUCUCGCUGCACUGCGCCCGGCUGUGCAUUGAGGAGGGCGAAAAGGACAGCCUGGUGGUCGGGUCACACUCCGGUCAGCUGUGCAUCUAUCGCCCGUCGGGUGGCACCAACCUGCCCGACCUGGACGCGGAGGAUGAUGAGCAGGGCAGCGCGAACGGUAGCGCGAACGAGCUGGCCGAAAAUGUGUUCCAGCAUGCGGACGUCAUACUGGAGGUGCAGCUGCCGCUUCCAGUGCUCGGUGUUAGCAGUGGCAAAUUUACCACCACGAAUAAAACCGACCCCCGGCUGCAGCUCGCCGUACUGCAUCCGAUGAAGCUGUGCAUCUACCAGCUGGUAACGGUCGAUGGGCUCGCAGACCAUGGCGAUCACACGCGCCUGGUCACCCUGUACGACCAUGCACUGUCGAAGCCGGCCUUCUCGCUGUGCCACGGCCCGUUCGGUGGCGUUAAGGGGCGGGACUUUCUCUGCGUGCAGCAUAUGGACGGGUCGCUGCGGUUCUUCGAGCAGGACGGCAUUAGCUAUGAGCGUACGCUGGCCACCGAUCGGUUCAUACCGGCGCCGCUGCAUUAUGUGCCGCGGGUCGAUUGCUUCGUCACGGUCGCACCGAGCUGGGUGCUGGAGUGCUACCGCUACCAGGACGUGGCGGAAGCGCUCGAGACGUUGCGCCGCCACGAUCCGAUCUGGGCGCUGUGCAUCGGGGAGUAUGCGCUCGAUCUGCAGGUGCAUCAAAUUUCCAACACGGAAUCCGUCAUUGUGAUCCUGGGCGAGAACAAUCUGCUGUGCGUGUCCGACACUGGGAAGGUUCGGUUCAUCAAAAAGCUCGACUACUCACCGGUUUGCUUUCACAGCUUCGUCACCGGAUGGUACUGGGAACCGGGCGCUCGAUUAAUGCUGGCAGUCGUCUCGGAAAGUGGAUCCCUGCUUCUGUACGAAAGCGAUCAAAUCAUCUGGUCGGCACAGCUCGGUCACGUACCGGUAGCCAUCGGCCGUGCCAAUGUGGCCGGCCUUCCCGGUGCGCUGGUAACGCUCGGGCCAACCGGUGCCCUCGCGGUAGGCUAUCUCGGCUCGGAGCCGCAGCUGUUCCGUGUGCCGGCCCUCAAUCUGGCCCCGUUCGAGAUUGCCCGCUGCCAGAAGGAGCUGCUCGAGCUGGAGCGCGAGAUCCGGGCCGGGGUGGAUCCGAGCGACGCUAGCAUUGCGAAUGCUGCCGCCGAGCGGGACGUCCAGCUGGAGGUUGCGAUCCAGGGCGAGCCGGUCCCAUGUACCGAGCAGCAGGUGACGGGGCUGCUGUCCUCUAGCGAAAUGUGCCAACUGAGCGUAACGGUGCGGGUGGAGCCGAAGCUCGAGAUGUUACAGCUGACGGUCGCUACCGAUCAGGCGAUCGGCUGCUCGAAGGAUGCGUUUCUGUUCCGCGACGUCGCGGCCCACAGCACGGAACGGUUCGACGUGUGGCUGUACCCGGCGGUACCGUCACUACCGGCAAGUCGUACCGCGACCGUCUACUGUUCCUACACCAGCAAGCAGGGCAUUACGCGUGUGCUGGAGAGGAGCGUUCUGCUACCGGUGCGGCUGUUCCUCAAGCCGGCACAACCGUCCAAGGAGGCACAGCACAAGCUAACGCUAACGGUCGUACCGCCGCCAGCGCAGCACACUGCCGGCAGCGUGCUCGGACGAUUGUUUCCAGAGUUUGCGCCCGAAGGCAGCAGUGCUAGUGCACUCGCCCUGCAGCCCGUUGCCGGUGGAGGAGAUGGACGGAAAGUCACGAUAGUUGCGGCCAAAAGUACGAACCGCUUUCGGGUCCAGUCGGACGAGCUUGGUCUUAUGGCGCUCGUGCUGGAGUGUCUCAUAGGACGGCUCCAGGGCCGGGAGAGUGUGGGACACGCGACCGAACAGGAUGAAGCUGCUGGUAGGAAAGACCAUUCCUCCAGGGUGCAGGUAACCAUCGGUGGUGUUCCUUCGGUAAGUGGGCUGAUACGUUCGCUGCAGGUGCAUUGUGAUUUGAGGAAAGCGGUAAAGCAGCUAGAGAAUGAUCUCGAGAUUGCCACCGGCCAGAUGCGACUGUUUGAGCGGCGGUUCGUCGUCAAGCUGCAGGAGCGCUCGCUGCGCGCACUCGACGGCAUACUGAUGCUGCUGAAACGGAACCACACCGCGGUGGCCAAAGUGUGCCUGCAAAUAAAAACCAUGCGUCAGAAGCUAAAACUCGCGCAGAUUGAUCUGACCGCCAUCCUGCGCCUGUUUCAUCUCUGCUACAGCCAUGCGGCCAAUGCACCGGGCGGAAAGUAUUUCGAGCACCUUACCGCACUGCUAACCCACUCCGUGCUGGACAGUACGGAGCAGAGCUACGAAGAGAUGAUGCUGCCAGUGGUACGCUUUCUCCACCAGACGGGACCACUGAAAAACUCCACCGAACAGUCGGAGGGAACGCCGUUCGAUGAGGAGUUUUUCUACACUGCCAAACAAACCGACCGCGAUCCGGUCGACCUGUCCGCCCACAGUCAGCUGCUGCAGGGUCAGCUGCAACGUCUGCUCGGCAGGGUGAACGAUCGCAUUACCACCGGUACGACGGCGCGAACGUCCGGAAGUGGCAGCGGUCGGAACAGUGUCGACUUUGAGGAUCAACCACUGCCGGAAGCGCACAACGAAGAGGCAGAGGAGGAAGAGGAGGAGAAUGAAAAGGGACAGAAUGAAGAGGCGAACCGCCCGACCGAUGGCAGCGCCGGUGUAGAGGAGUUCGCCCAACUCAGUGCCACCGCUAGUGAGUGGGUUAACUACGAAAAGAUGUCCGAUUUGCCGCUGUAAGAGUCUUUCUUUCCACCUGGAAUGAAUUUUGUUAUUUUGUCAAUAGUUUUUUCUUCUCUUUUUUGCUUUUAUUUUCACUCCACUUUCCUCCCCACACCGACCACAAACUUUGCGCGGGUAUAUCGCUGUUUGAAUACACCACACACACACACACACACACCCCCUUAGAGAUAGUAGGGGGAUUAUUCACCCCGAUCACACCCGCGAUGGGAGUGUUAUCGUCACACAAUGAUGUAUUAUAUCCUUGCUUGUUUGUUGUUGUUUAAAUUAUUUACUAUUAAUACUUUACGACAGACUACACCUAGUAUAAACAUAUUCCCUUGUGUGUUUUCAUUUAUGCAUAUUUUCAUGUAAGUAGAACGCGCGCUCCAGCGCUAUCUCGCUAGUGUCGGCGCUGUCUUGUAAACUAACUAUGGCGAUAAAUAAAGAGCAGUAUUUAAACAAAAAGGAAGAACAUGAACGCUUCUUCCGCUGUAGAACGUGUGCUAAAGCUUAAUGUACAAUUUACAACUCACCGAAACCGAUGCGCGAAAGAUGAUUGAUCGUAACGUUAUUACAAAUGAACACUUGGUAUAAUAUUGUUGCGCAUGAACCCGGGGGAAGGUAUAUAAAAAGAGAAAACGUAAUUGUUUGUCUUUUCUUUUUUUCCUUUUUUUUUUGUUUGAAAGAACACACACCUUACUAUUUACGCAAAAACGUAGCGUUGUAAUUUGAUAACA